AUGCACAUACGCAGCCACACAUACAACCCACCAGCUGGGCUGACCUUCAUCUACGCUGUGGUCCUGGUGUUCCACUAUUGCUGGGUGGCCCACACGUUCUUUGGCGAUGACUUCGUCUCUGAAGUGCUCGUCCGUGUUCCCCCAAACGACACAGUCACAGACGCAACCUACAGCAGAGGAGAACUGACGACUGUGGUGGUGCGCAACUGCGACACUAUGGCCGAGUGCAUGGUCUUCACGCUCAACAACGGUCUAGA